CGUGUCCAUCCCUUUCCUCUCCAAUUUCAGAUUUUCAGUUUUCGCCCCUUUUCAAAUAUGUUUUGAACCGCCUCGUUUAACUCCACAUUCACAUCACGAAUUCCACAGCUACUAUUACCCUUUUCUCUUCCGCUUUGCUCUGUACAUUACCUUCAUACAGCUUGUAGUGGCGUCAUUUCUUGUUUUCUCCAACUGAAAGGGUGCAACAACUUUGCUGGUGUGUUACUGUUGCUGUUCUAAAACUUCUCCAUAAGUUUUUAGCCUCAGCUCCUUCAGCCUCCCUUUUAGCAGUGGGAGGUCUAGAUGAACAUCGGAGUGAUGGUGAUGAUGACUGAAACACUAAAGAUGAUUAUGUCAUCAUAUCAUGACCAAGACAAGAAUUCCCAGCUGCCUUCUUUCCCUCCUGGCCAAUCUAGAAGCCGUCAGUUGCGUCAAAGCCGUACAGGUACCUGGGCAGUUGCAAUAGCAGCACUACUCAUCUCCACCAUUGCUUGGUUUUCCCUUAUUUUCUCUAGCACUACCACUCAAUGCUUACAUCACCUAAGAGAUUGGGAGGGUAGCCCCCAUUUUCCUCCUUGGAAAAUCUGUUUUCCUGAUCAACAUUCUAAUGCUAUGCUGCAUCCUCCUCUCCCACUAGGCUAUGAGAGAGAUCAUAUUCACUAUGAUAAUCAUAGUACCUUUGAACAAGAAGACUUGUCACUUAAACAUGUCGUAUUUGGCAUAGCUGGAUCAUCUCAACUGUGGAGACGGCGGAAAGAAUAUGUUAGGCUGUGGUGGCGUCCCAGUGAUAUGCGUGGCCAUGUAUGGUUAGAGGAACAAGUACCUCAAGAACCUGGAGAUCAUUUAUUACCCCCUAUCAUGGUUUCUGAGGACAUCUCACGUUUUCGCUAUACUAACCCUAUGGGUCACCCUUCUGGCCUGAGAAUUUCUCGCAUUGUGAUGGAGAGUUUUCGCCUUGGCCUCUCAGAUGUGCGCUGGUUUGUCCUCUGUGAUGAUGAUACUAUCUUCAAUGUGGAUAACCUUGUCCAUAUUCUCAACAAGUAUGAUUCCUCUGAAAUGAUUUACAUAGGCAGCCCCUCAGAGAGCCAUUCGGCCAAUACCUAUUUCAGUCAUUCCAUGGCCUUUGGUGGUGGUGGGAUCGCAAUAAGUCAUCCCCUUGCCAAGGCACUCUCUGCGAUUCUUGAUGAAUGUAUUGAAAGAUACCCCAAACUUUAUGGUAGUGAUGAUCGACUGCAUGCCUGCAUCACUGAACUUGGUGUUCCUUUGACCUGGGAGCAUGGUUUUCACCAGUGGGAUAUAAGGGGCGAUGCCCAUGGGCUUCUAUCGUCUCACCCAAUUGCACCAUUCGUGUCAAUUCAUCAUGUUGAAGCUGUUGAUCCCUUCUAUCCUGGUUUAAACUCUUUGGAGAGCCUGAAACUAUUUACAAAGGCCAUGAGAGCUGAUCCCAGAAGCUUCUUGCAGCGUUCUAUUUGUUAUGACCAUGGACGGCAUCUAACAUUUUCAGUCUCGCUUGGUUAUGUUGUUCAAGUGCCAAAUGUUGUUUCACCCCGUGAGUUGGAGCGCUCAGAACGGACCUACUGCUGGAAUGGUAUAAGUCAUAGGAAUGAAUUCGACUUUGAUGCCAGGGAUCCUUCCAAAUCUAUUUGUAGAAAGCCUAUUCUCUUCUUUCUAAAAGAUGUUGGAAAUGAAGGCAAUGCUUCUUGGGGUUCAUAUGUAAGGACUAGAGAAAGAAACAAUCUCAAAAAGAAAAUUUUCUGCUUUCCUCAUUCAUCCCCUCUUCAUAAUGUGCAUGAAAUCAAGGUACUGGUGCAGCCAUUGAGCAAGAAUUGGCAUCUGGUACCACGUCGUCUCUGUUGUAGACAAAACCAAGCGGGGAAAGAAAUCCUUCAACUAAUUGUUGGACAGUGUGGGAAAGGAGCUUUCAGUUCUGUUUACUGA